AUGGAAGCCAUCAAACUACAGAGAAAGUACCCUCAAUUUACCCAACAGGAUGUCAUGAGUCUCGUUUCCAGGUUCAAGGACAUGGAUGUAGACUCGAAAGGAUCCAUCACCAAACAGGAGGCCAUCACCGCUCUGUCAUCUGGCCCCAACCUGGAAGGAACGUAUGACUCGGUACGGACGACGCUAAAAGAGGUUCAAGUAGACUCUUCGGGCCAGAUCGAACUGGAAGAUUACAUCGAUCUGAUUGCCAAGCUCAGGCAGGGUCGCAACAAGCAGGCUGGAAAGGCCGUUGGCAGUCCUGGCCACAGUCGUGUCAUGGUCCAAGGUAGCAAUAGUAACAUUCAGCAUGGAAUCCUUCCUGAUGAACUGUCUGCUUUUACCAGUCAUGUCAACAGCUCGCUCGCUGGAGAUGCCGAUAUCGGAAAUCGUCUUCCCUUACCGACAAACACUUUCCAGAUAUUUGAUGAGGCUCGCGACGGUCUUAUCCUAUGUAAAUUGAUUAAUGACUCAGUACCCGACACGAUCGAUGAGCGAGUUUUAAACAAGCCCACCGCCAAAACCAACCACAAGCCUAUCAACAACUUCCAAAUGACAGAAAACAAUAACAUCGUCAUCUCAUCUGCCAAGGCCAUCGGCUGCUCUGUCGUCAACGUCGGAGCCAGCGAUAUUAUUGAUGGGCGAGAGCAUCUCAUCCUGGGUCUGAUUUGGCAAAUUAUCAGACGCGGCUUGCUUAGUAAGAUCGACAUCAAGCUUCAUCCCGAACUGUAUAGACUACUCGACGAAGGAGAAACCUUGGACGAAUUUCUUCGUCUGCCACCAGAUCAAAUUCUAUUGAGAUGGUUCAAUUACCAUUUGAAAGCUGCCAACUGGAAUAGAAGGGUCAGUAACUUUAGCAAAGACAUUUGCGACUCUGAAAAUUAUACGGUCUUGUUGAACCAGCUCAAGCCAGACCACUGCUCCCGAGCACCCCUACAACAAUCGAACCUGGAGCAAAGAGCAGAACAAGUGCUCCAAAAUGCCGAAAAAAUUGGAUGUCGGAAGUUCCUGACCUCAAAGUCAAUCGUCGCAGGCAAUCCCAAGUUAAACUUGGCUUUUGUAGCCAACCUGUUCAAUACCUAUCCCGGAUUAGAGGCCCUUGAGGAAAGCGAAAGACCGGUGAUCGAAGAUUUUGAUGCUGAAGGAGAGCGUGAAGCUCGCGUCUUCACCUUAUGGCUAAACAGCUUAAACGUCGAGCCGGGUGUUUACAACUUGUUUGAAGACCUCAAGGACGGGACUGUCAUCUUGCAAGCUUUUGAUAAAGUUAUUCCAGGAUGUGUCACCUGGCGCCGGGUUAGUCGACCGAAGGAAGACCAAGAGCUGAGUCGAUUCAAAUGCGUUGAAAACACAAACUAUGCCGUAGAACUAGGCCAAGCGAACCGAAUGACCCUAGUAGGAGUUCAGGGGGCGGACAUAGUCGACGGAACUAAAACCUUAGUUCUUGGUCUUGUGUGGCAGCUCAUGCGAAAGUCGGUGAUUGCCACCUUGGCCAGUCUAUCGAAAGGCAAUCGGGAGGUCACUGACAGCGAUAUGAUCCGCUGGGCUAAUGACCGUGUCCGGGCCGCUGGAAAGAGCACAUCGAUGAGAAGCUUCAAGGACUCCACUCUCCGGACUGGGCACUUCUACUUGGAUUUGCUGGAUGCUCUCAAACCUGGCUACGUCGAUUACAGCUUAGUUUAUCCUGGCAAAGACGAGGACGAAUGUACAUUAAACAACAAACUCGCUAUCUCAAUCGCUCGGAAAGCCGGAGCUCUCAUAUUUGUUGUUCCUGAAGAUUUGGUCGAGGUCCGACCGCGAUUGGGAUUGACGUUCAUUGCUGCACUUAUGGCCCUGGCCCCUUGA